CUUUUAAAUUCGGCAAUCUGCGGCGAUCUUCGCUUCCCCUGCUCCGAUUCGAGAUUUUCCGAGUUCCUCUCCGGUUUUGCCCUUCCCGUUCCCCGUUAUUAUCUCAUAAUCUCCUCUCUCUCUCUCUCUCUCUGUGGCGUUGAUUGAUAAUUGCAGGUCGCGAUUUGGUGCUUGGAGAUGGGAAAACCUUCUUCUUCUACUUCCCUGAAGAAAAAGCGGCCCAAGGCUUCGUCUAAGGUUCGAAUCAAGAAGAGAAGUAAGACUAAAAAGAGAAGUAAGUUGAAGAAGAGUUUUCGCCGUCAUCGUGAUUCAGAUUCUUAUUCCAGCGAUUAUGAUUCUCUGAGUCCAUCGACCGCGAGUUCUGAGGAGGAUUACAGGAAAAAAAGUAAAAGACGGGCAAGAUCCUCUUCUAAGAAGAGUAGUCGGCGAAGCAAGAAGAGGUCUCGAGGACAGUCGUAUGGUACUGAAAGCAGUGAAGACUUGCCUUCUCGUAAGAAAAGAAAAGGGUCCAAAAGAGAUGGUAAGCUCAGUCCAAGGAUGCAGAGAACUAGAAAGAAAUCUAAGAGACAUGUGAGUGUAAGUUCCGUGAGCAGUGGUUCAAACUGCUCAACCUGUGCGGAAUUGAGUAGUGACAGUGGACAGAGUGAAUCUCAAAGUUAUAGGGCCAGUUCUGAGAGAAAAGAUGCGGAUAGGUGGACAGCAGAGAAGGGUAAAACUGAAUUAAAAGAGUGCGGAUAUAGUCCGAGGAGUUAUUCUCCCAUUAAUCAUCGCAGCAUAAGCAGUGGUGAUGAGAAAAUGAGAUGCAGCAACAAUUCAAUGCGAUUAAGGUCUGUUAUAAUGGUUAACAAUGAGGACAGAGAAUUGCAUGCUUAUGGACAUAAGGAAGAAAUUUCUUAUGAAAAUGAUGAUUAUCCUUCUUGCAAAAGCAAUGACAGUAAUGAUUCGGGGGGCAAGCGGGAAUUGACCCAUCAUCCACUGAUUGAAUCUGAGGUGAAGAGGCAGGUAGAUAUUGAAAAAAAUGAAGAGGCUGUUGUUUCAGAUAUGAAUACUACUGCAAUAACUGAAGAUGGUCAGAAGAAUGGAAACAAUAUAAGCUCUGUUAUAGUUGGAACCAUCCAUGCCAUAGGGGACAAUGAAAAUAAUAUUUCUGGUGGGUCAGAUAGUAAUGAUUUGGAGUCAAUAUUGAGACAGAGGGCAUUGGAUAAUCUCAAAAAGUUCCGAGGUGUCCAUAAAAACACAGCAGCUUUGUCAGCUCACAAAGAAAAUGUGGAUAGUAAUAAGGAGCAAUCUUUAAUUGCUUCUUCAGAAUUGUCUCACCAUAAGUUUCCUGAAGACAAUGUAGCCAAUGCACCUCCAGUUGAAGGCAAUGGUGCCAAUUCUGAUCCUUCUAUGAAGAGAGAAUUUAUUAAUAUAAAUUCGAAUGAUGCUAGUCUAGGUGAUAAAGGCGGUAAAAUUGUGCCUGCCAUUAGGAGACAGUCCUCUGAGGUCAGGCCAGAUCAUGGGAACAGUGGUUUCAAAGAAGGUGGAUCUACUAGGCAAUCUUUGUUGAAACUAUUGCACGGGGGGACUAGCGUCGCUAAUGUCAAACAAGAGGUCAUACCAACAUUUGCUUCCAAUACUAGUAAUCCAACGGUGAUGUCAUAUACAUGGAGGAGAGAGUCGGCAAAGGUUCAAGCCCCAUCCAAGGAAUUGUGUCCUUCCUCAGGACCUCCUCAGGCAAAGCCUCUGGUGACAAAGGUUAUCGGUGGUAAAACUGCUAGUGAAACUGUCGUAACUGAGAACAAAGUUGACGAAAAUGAAGUCCACGAGCAGCAUGCGUCUCCCACUCCUGAGCUGCCUUCUCGUUCCGAGUCCACAUCUGGAGCUGUGAGCUCAAACAAAGAUGGGAAUGAUGCUAAGGAUGGUCCCCAAUACCAACAAAAGACAAUGUCUGUUACUCGGGGUGGUGAAACGAUACAGGUGAACUACCAGGUUUAUAUCCCCAAGAGAGCCCCUGCUCUGGCGAGGAGGCAACUUAAGCGAUGAUACCGGAUCUUUGCUUUCGCUCCGUAAGGAUGCCGCUUUUGGUUUUUCUUUUUCAGUUGACCAACAUGAAGGUAAAGAAGGCCGAGUUCAGCGGAGUGUAUACCUUGAUUUUUGCGACAGAUUUAGAGUAUUGUUGCAAUGUAAAAGGACUAAACCUUUACUUAAUAAAGUUGUCAUUAAUUUGCUUGA